AUGGACAGAAAUGGAGAAUCAAUAUUCACUUCUAAUUUUUGGAGAGAAAUCAAUGAGUAAUUUUUCAUGGUUCACUCACUUGUCAACGUCUCUGACCUUAGUCUCUUCAAAAAGAAAUGUAAAUAUUUUGUUCAUAAGAUAGUCUCUAAUUAUGUAAACUUAAAUUGUCAUAAAUUAUUAGAUAAAAUUCUGAAACAGAAUAAUAGAUCUAAACUAUCUUAAUUAAAUUUCAUCAACUUAAAAUAAAAACUUUCAUUACUUUUACAAUAAAGAAAACAUCAUUAAGAACCCAUUUAAAAUUUAAUUGAUGAAAUGAUAGACCAAAUUUGUUAUGCUCAGCUUAUCGAAGGAUUAUAGCAGACUGAAGAUCUCAUUAAAAAUAUGUCCUAAAAGUCUGAAUAACAACAACAAAUAAUUUAUCAUUAAGAAAAUUAAAUCUUGACUAAUUUGCAUCACAUGAUAGAUUCAAAGGAUGAAUUAAGCAAACAAAUAUAAUAACUAGAAUAAUAACUUGAACAACUUGAUAAUUCUAAUUCCCUGCUACAGUAUUAUCACAAUUUCAUAUUAUUAGCCUUGAAUAACAUGUCCAGGAAAUCAAUAACACUUUGCUCUAUAUUUAUUCUUCUUAGAUCGUUAAAGAACAUUCAAUAAAAUUAACCAGAUCCAGAGUUAGAAGUCACCAAGAAGAACUAAGAUUAUUGAAGGAUUUAAUCAUUUUACAUGAAGAUUAUCAAGUUGCUGAAAGCAUUGGUAAAGCUAUCUUCAAUGAAUAAAGUAAAUACAAUUGAUAAUUUAUUCAAAGGCAACACUAUUACGGUGAUCUUCGAUAAAUAUUUGAGUCAAAUUUAGAUUGAUCUCAACUUGGAACAUUUUGCAAAUCUUCAAAAGUUAAGAGAAGUGCCAUAUGAAUUUCUUGAAUAAAUACCUGGACUCAGAUCUGAUGUAUAUAAAUAAAUUGAAUUAUGUAGGAUGUAUUCGAGAUGCAAAUGUGUCAUUCUUGUAAAUUGAUGGUUGAUGUUAAAAAUCUGAAAUAGUGUUCAUAUAAUCAUUUUUAGAUGGGGUUACAUGAAUAUAAUGAGGACUUACUAACGUGUUAGAGAUAUUAAAUAAAUGCAAAGUCUCAAUAAUAAUAUAUUUUAGAUCUUUAUUCUACAAAUUACAUUAUUGAAAGUACAUUCAAUUUAUGACAUAUCAUAGAUUUAUAGAUUCAUUGCAAAAGAUACUUUUGUUUAAAAUGUUUGAAGCAUGAAUUUGAUUCAUAUGAAAUUACUCAAUUUUAAUGGAUUUGUCCAUUGUGCAAAGUAAAUCAUGAAUUAUAUUCAUUCUAGGGAUAAUGUACUUGUAUCAGAUGUUCAAGAAAUGAAGUUAUUUAUAAAUUAAAGAGACAAUAUUUGGAAUUGAAUGGAGAUUUAGAAGAUAUCUAUCAAUCAUCAUAUUUUGAAAUGUUGGUGAAGGAAAAACGAAACUUAAUUAAAAAUAUUCCUAUUGAUUUUAUUAAUAUGUUUAAUAACAAGCUUGAAAACAAUGAAGACACUGUCAUUCCAAAAGGCAAUCUUAAACACAAAAAAUCAAUUACUAAAAAUAUGCUAAAGAAGAAGAUUAAAGAAAAUGAUACCUAAUUAACAUCAAAAUCACAUAAGCUUACACAUAUAGAAAGUUCAUCAUCAUCUAUAAAAAUUAAGAAAUCAAAAGAAAUCAAAAAGAGAUCAUUGUAUUUUACUAACAAUCAUAAUGAUCAUUCUAAUUAAUAAAUCUUUAUCUAAUGA